GGCAGGAAGCAGCUCACGCUAAUUUUUUUUUUUUUCAGCUUCAGAAGAGAAACAAACUGUUCAGUGUUUCACCUGGAAAAGAGGAGAAGACGGAGUUACAUGGGAACCUAUUAGACACCCAUUCUGCUGUCAGCCGAGAGAGAGAGAGAGACAGAAAGAGAGAGAGAGAGACAGAGAGAAAGAGAGAGAGACUGUAAACAAUGGGGGACAUGCAAGGAUUUCAUCCCGGCUCGUUGCUGGAAGCUAAACGCAUGGCGUACCGGAAGGUGUGCGCCAGCCGCGGCAGCGCCGCCAUCUCUCAGGACCUGGAGAGCGAAGGGCUUCAGAUGGCCUCUCUGGAUAUGGAGUGGGAGAUGGAGAAAGAGCUGGAGGAGCCAGGAGGCCUGGACCACUUCCAGCUGGAGCACCGGCCCAUGGAAACCUCGUCCAGCGGGGCCAUGGAUCCGGACCUGGAGCCCAUCCAGCCCUCCGCGUCCCCCCACGGCCGGUUCCAACGGCUGCAGGAGGACCCCAACUACACCUCCCAUUUCAGCAGGACGAUGCCCAAGAGCCAGAGGAGGAGCGGGGCAUGCAUAGCCAAAUACCUGCUGGCUGGAGCAGGGGUGUUUUUUGUUGGACUGCUCAUUGGACUGUACACCCACAGGGCGGAGAAACAGCCGGAAAUAUCCAAUCAGAGCACAGACUUGCUGGAAAGGGUCGUACAGAGCAUCACUGCAGAGAAGAUCCAGGCACUACAAAGGGAAUUCCAAGCCACGACCAGUGAGGAGGAUCGAGUGAAAGGCCUCGCCCAGAAAUGGGAGGAGCUGGGCCUGAAGAACGUCCAGCUGUCCAGUUACAACGUCCUCCUCAGCCAUCCCGGCCCCAGGCCCAACACAAUCGUUGACAUGACCACUAAGCAUUGUUACCUGCCCAGCGGACACAGCUGCGACACCUGGGGCAAUCCAUCAUAUUCUACUGAGCAGCUCUUUGCCAUGGCGACCUACUCGGCCGUGGGGACUCUGGAGGCGGAGGUGGUGGACGUACAGUAUGGAAGUUCUGAAGAUUUGAGGCGGAUCAGAGCUGAGAUGAAUGUGACCAAUAAAAUAGCUGUACUAAAGCUGGGACAAGCACCUUUACUCUAUAUGCUGUCCCGUUUGGCUGAGAUGGGCUUUGGAGGUUCUCUUCUGUAUGUGGAACCCUGUGAUGUCAUCACAGAGCAGGAAAUAUGGUGGAAAGCCUUUGGUGUGACAUUAAACCCAGGAGGAGACCCCUCCACUCCAGACUACCCCAGCACUGACAGGAGCUACAGGGCGGACCGUCGCAAUCUGACAUCACUGCUGGUUCAGCCAAUCUCUACCUCCCUAGCUAAAGUGCUGCUGUACGCCCCUGCCAUGGACAUCGGUCGACCCUGCGUUCCUCUGGCCAUGACGCCACCCUCAGAACGGAAGAUUGUAAAUCUCACCAUCGGCUCUCGAACUUCCUAUGGGAAAGUGCACAAUGUGGUUGGCUACCUGAGAGGCAAGAUUAAUCCAGAUCGAUACGUGCUGGUUGGGGGUCGUCACAGCAGCUGGUACGAGGGCACCGCGGCAGACUGGAGUGGCAGCGCCGCUGCCGUGACUCAGAUCAUAGAGUCCAUCACAGCUCAGGCCCGAGCAGGCUGGCAGCCGGACCGUACCAUCGUCUUCUGCUCGUGGGGGGGAUCUGCGCUGGGCAACAUCGGCUCCUUUGAAUGGGGGGAGGAGAACAGACUGGUUCUGGAGAGCAGGGCAGUGGCUUAUGUCAGCCUGCACAGUCCAGUCAGACCACGAGGACCCCAGUCCACCGCGUCCCCCUCUCUACUGCAGCUGGCCUCAGACAUCGGCAAGAAACAGGUAAAGAGCUGCACUGAAGCUAAAGGCUGUCCUGACUUAAAUGUCAGCUCACUGCAGUCCCCUGUGGCCCUGGACUUCUUCUCCAGUCAUCUCGCGGUUCCAGCGCUGGAGUUCGCUUUCUCAGCCAAUCCCACAGAGAGGGCCCGCUUCCUCUCCGAGGCUUUCUUCCCCUCUGAGUCAUUGUUAGCGGAGACCUUGGAUCCUGCCUUCAGACUCCACGAGGCGGUUGCUAAGAUGACAGCAGAGGCCAUCCUGCGUCUAAGCACUGAUCCUGUCCUUCCCUUUUACCCCUUGGACAUAGCGCUGGACAUCCAGAAUAAACUCAAAGAUGACCCUUUAAGCAGGCCUGAUCUCCUGGCCGCUGCUGCCUCUCUCCGAGACAAUUCCAGCUUCUUCCAGUCCGAGAUCAUGCGCCCUGCCAACGACCCCAAAGAGCGUGACCCUUCCCACGUGCGAAUGCUGAACGACGUGCUGCGAGACCUGGAGAAAAGCUUUCUCGUUUCGAGUCCACCGCCGGGUUUCUCACGGAACAUCCUUUAUGGGCUGAAUACCCAAACGCCAGGCUUCGCCAUCCUGAAGGCCGCCCAGGAAGAACCCGACCGCAGCAGUGUUGAUCAGUCAUUAUCCCAGGUGUCCAACUCCAUCAGCUCUGCUGAGAAGCUGGUCUACAGUGGACUGGAGCUGUUUGAGAACGAUCCUGAGGACAGCUCUUACUAAAGCAGCUGAAAUAAAGCACCUCACUACAGCACUGCACUGCACCUGAGCACUAUUCAGGCCUCAACUGCACAACUGCGUUUCUUCUCCGUGUGAAAUUGUGAACUUGAUAAUAAUAAGAGUGUGUAGCACUACAUGAUCUACAGACCCUAGAGAAAUGCAGGGUGGACUCAAGAACAUAUGGAUUAUAUUACAACUCCCAAAGGCAUCGGACAUCCAAAUUUAUAUCUCAGCUGUAAGAUUAAUGGCAGAGAUGGCGGGAAGUCAAACUGUAUAACCUGCAAUGGAUGGUGGACAUGGUCCCAGAGGGCAGGAGGACACACAAAAGCACCAGCACUGGGAACUGGGAGCAUGAUGUAGACUACAGUCUCAGGGCUGGUAAUGCCCAAUAGGUUGUAAUUUAUCUUUAUCUGCGCUCUUAAAAACAAAGGGGUUCCUUGGAGUAUUGGAUUUUUUUUGGCUCUCGAAAAAAUGAAGAUGAAACUAGUAUGAGGAACCUUUUUGAAUCAUUUUAAGGUAAUAACACAUCUCCACAUAACUUAACAGUUCAGGUACAUUCAAAAACCGCUAUAUAAUAAUGCACUUCUUUAACAAAUUAAUUUAUUAAUAUAUACAGUACCAGUAAAACACACCUUCAAUUUUGUGCUUUUACAUUAUUGUAAAAUGUUCUGCAUUGUAGAUUAAUACUUACGUAAUCCAAACUAUGAAUAAAAACGUAUGGAAUUAUUUAUUAAACAAAAACUGUAAAACAAACCAGGAUAUAUUUUAGAUUUUAGAUUUUUCAAAGUAGCACCUCUUGCUUAGAUUAGACAGUUUUGCACAUCCUGGCUGGAUUUUCUCAGUCAGUUUCAUGAGGUAGAGUCAGCUGGAAUUCAGGCUUUCAGUUAACAGCUGAAACUCUCAUCAAGAGUUAAUUACUUGAUUUUUUUUGUCUCUUAAUGUGUUUGAGAGCAUCAGUUGUAAAGUAGUGAAGAGGUAGAGUGCAGUCACUGCAAGGACCAUCAAAAAUGUUAUGAUGAUGAAACUGGCUCUCAUCAGGAUUGCCCCAGUAAAGGAAGAGUAAGGGCGUUUUCACACCUGUAGUUCGUUUCUCUGGUCCGAAUCAGUUAAUGAGUUCGUUUACUUGGAGCGUUUUCUCUCUCUGUUAAGUCUGGUUUCACAUAGGCAUAAAUGUAAACGCACCAAAAUGCGCACCAAUAAACCACGUGAGCAGGCUGUGUCCUGUGAUUGG